AUGACGAAAUUGAUUAUUUGGCUGGCGGCAUUAGCAGUGGCAGUGAAGAGUGAGCGGUUAGAUCAUUUGUUGCCACAAGGAUAUGCCCCUGCGAGUGCGGGGGCCUUCAGUGGACAAGCUUCACCGCCCUUCAAAUUCGAAAAUGUGAACAACGGAGAUGGGAAUUAUCGGUUCAGCUAUGAAACCCCAGAAGGUAUAUCAGCAUACGAGAGCGGCGCCCCACGAGCUUCCGGACCAGAGGGACCUGCUGUGACCGCUGAAGGCGGGUUCUCGUACCGCGCCCCUGACGGCCAGCAGAUCUCUCUAACUUACACCGCCGAUGAAAACGGCUUCCAUCCAGUUGGUGCUCACCUUCCAACGCCACCCCCAAUUCCUGAAGCGAUUCAAAGAUCCUUGGAGUUAAACCGACAGAACCCUUCUUCUGAUGGUGGCUCUCGCAACAACGGAGGAGGUAACAAUGGGCGCAAUGGAUACCAUUAUUAA